AACUACGCCGCGCAAAACAAACCGGCCGUCCUAACUAAGACCGGUGGCCACUUUUACAGCAAGACAACAUGGGAAAACCCAUAUCCAUGUACUAUGCCAUGAAUAUGGGAAAAAACCCAUGAAUUUACGUUAAGACACAUAAAUGACAGUGAAACUUACCGGUAAAUUGAUGUUUGUGAAGGGAGGGAAGGAGGAAGUUUGUGAAUGCACUUGUAAUUGCUACUGUGAACAAAAUGUUCUUGGCAAGGAGCACAAAACAAGUCCUUUCAGCUAUCAGAACUCUUGCGACCCCUCAAGAACUUCGUCAUACAAGUCAGUACGCCGGCACCUUUGUGCUGAAACGAAGAAAUGAGCCGCAGCUCAGCAAGCGUUCAUUCCCCGAAGGGUCAUACCGAAAACUGCGGCGGAAGCACAAGAUUUAUGAAACUUUAGAGCGGCCAGGCACGCAACCGCUUCCAAACAUCGACGUGAUUCUUACGCAGUAUGUUGAGGGUCUCGGUAAGCCGGGAGACACUGUCUCCGUGAAGGUGACCAAAGCCCAGAACGAGCUGCUGGCGUUCGGGCGCGCCGUGUACGCCUCUCCGGAGAACCAGGAGAAGUACCGGAACGUGGCCGAACACUCGUCCGCCGACGAAGUCAGGCACUCGUCGAUAUACUCCGCACAGACGGCCAAAGUGCUGUCGCGUCAGGUGCUGGCUGUCUCGAUGAACCUCGAUCAGCCAUGGGUUCUGCAGCCCUGGCAUCUGAGCGUGGCCUUCCGAAAGGCGGGCUUCGUGGUGCCGGAGCACUGCCUGGAGAUGCCGUCGGGUGCCAUCGAAGGUCCCGACGUGGAGGGACUCGAGGGCAAGGAGUUCAUCGUCACCGUCACGAUCAACAACUGCGAGCAGGUGCCGGUGCGGUGCCGACUGCACCAUUACGCCACCGAGCCGCGCGACCGUCUGCCGUACCGGCGGCAGCCGUGGCUGCAGCCCGCCGAGCCCGUCUUUCCCGAGGAGGCCGAGCGGCUGGCGGCCUUACCACGGCCCAUCAGCAAACCGCUGGACGGCGACGACCACUGAGGACGUCGCACGGACUGACUGUAUGCGACAGCUGAGCGCCGGGCAGCUCGACAGGCGCUAUCCCCCCCCCCCCCUGAUGGUUCCCGGAGAAAUAUGUCUCCUCCGUGGACGGUCAUGGUAUACUGCCUGGGAACUACACCCGUCUCUCGAUCAUCCGGGAGAAGUCGGACCAGGCGGGCUGAGUCGCAAUUAUACCCGUCUUUUUCGACCUUUGAAAGUAAUUGCAAUCGGUAUCUGCAUUUGACAAUUGAUUAUUGCAGUGGUUUCGACACCCAGUCUGGUAGGGGUGCGUAGUUUCAGGCGCGCUUAGUGUCUAGUACCGCCUGCUCCCGAGAUGUGGUGUGAUGGUGUUUGUGAGCCGAGAUGGCGCCGCGAGCGGUGCCCAUCCUAUCCUAUCCUAUCUAGGAGCGGUGCCGAUCCUAGAUCUAUCCGGCUCGAUACUGAUACGGGCGGACGGUGCGGGUCGAGCCGGGUCGGCCCUCACAUCGAGCCCCGUCAGUUAGCCUGUUCGACGGACGGACCCGGGGCUCUGCCGUGACCGGCCGGCAUACCAGUGCAUCGUCUUGUGGGUGUGAGAGCAUGUCGGUGUCGUCUCCCGUUUGCACGAGUCUGAAACUGAGAAGGAUGCUUGACGUUUGGUGUGUUAGGAGACGUGAUGUUUGAAUACAUGUUGAAUAUCUA